UAGAUUAAAACCAAACUAAGUAACAAGAACUGAUUUGGAACUUUUACUUCAGGCUCGGCAGCUCCGUCCAUGAGGAGCUAAUUAAAACGAUUCAAAUAGUUAUUUUGAAUUUUAUAAUGAAUAAACACUUCAUAUUUCUGUAACACUCAUAUUUAUGAAAAGAAGCCGGUGUUUCCAGUUUAACUGGGAACCAUGGCUACUGGGACACGGGCUACUUGUCUAACAACGCGGUUCUACGGAGCAGAUGGUUAAUGACCCUCCCGGGCCUCCGUAGCCGCAGUCACAGCUGUGCUAGCUGCUAGCUGCCGUGUAGCUAACAGCAGGAGCGGGUGAGAAGCUAACAAUGGCGGCUGUGCUCCCCCAGGACGACCUGCUGAAGAUGAGCCACAGAGAGAACUGGAGGGUCCAGCACGAGCGUCUGCACGUGAAGCACCGCGGCCACGAGGCCAUGCACGCCGAGAUGGUUCUGAUCCUGGUGGCCACGCUGGUGGUGGCUCAGAUCGUCCUGGUGCAGUGGAAGCAGCGGCACCACCGCUCGUACAACCUGGUGACCCUGGUCCAGAUGUGGGUGGUGCCUCUUUACUUCACCAUCAAACUGUACUGGUGGAGGUUCCUGUCCAUGUGGGGCAUGUUCUCCGUCAUCACCAGCUACGUCAUCUUCCGAGCCACUCGCAAGCCGCUGUCCUGCCGGACGCCGAGGAUGGUGUACAAGUGGUUCCUGUUGAUCUACAAGCUGAGUUACGCGGUGGGCGUGCUGGGAUACCUGGCCAUCAUGUUCACCAUGUUCGGCUUCAACGUCUUCUUCAGGGUGAAGGCAGAGGACUCCAUGGACGUGGGUGUCAUCAUGCUGUUCUACGGUCUCUACUACGGCGUCAUGGGAAGAGACUUUGCUGAAAUCUGCUCUGACUACAUGGCUUCUACCAUCGGGUACUACAACAAGGGAGGCAUGCCCAGCCGGAGCCUGACCAGUGACAUCUGUGCGGUGUGCGGCCAGCGGAUCCUGGUGGACGUGGAGGAGGAGGGGCUUAUCGAGGACACCUACCAGCUCUCCUGUGGACACAUAUUCCACGAGUUCUGCAUCCGCGGCUGGUGCAUUGUGGGUAAGAAGCAGACGUGCCCCUACUGCCACGAGAAGGUCGACAUGAAGAGAAUGAUGAACAACCCCUGGGACAAGACACACGUCCUCUAUGGGCAGCUGCUGGACUGGCUCCGGUACCUGGUGGCCUGGCAGCCCAUCAUCAUCGGUAUAGUCCACGGGAUCACCUUCACACUAGGCCUCGAGUAGAGCCCUGAGGGACAGCCCUGUUACGUCUGGAUCUAAGUGCCACUAUCGAACUUUCCAAGUCGGCAUGACAAGGAAGUGACUCGGCUUUUUCUUCUUUCUGUUACACGUUCUUUGACUGAACGCUUGUAGAGGGACCCCUGGUGGCCGGGGUUUGCGAGCGUAGGAGCGUUUGAUCCCAAAGCUGCUGCCGACCUGAUCGUGUAUUCAAGCAAAGAUCCAGUUUUCCAAAUUUUCAACAAAGUCUCUCAUAGUUUGGAAUUUCUGGAAUACGUUGCUUCAUCUUAGUUUUUUCAGAUAACCUUUAUUUUGUGCCAUGAUUAAGUUUUUUGAUUUGCACUCCGCCUGUUUCCCUCGACGCCACGAACACGCUCCUGCUCAGCUCUCUGACCGGCUCUCGUCGAGCUGCAGCUCUUUGCACUUUGAUUACAAACAGUUGUGGUUCACUUGAAACUUGUUUACAUUUCAUCUAAGUUUUAUUUAUAAGUGAACUAUUAUUUGAAACCUCUGUUUCAUUAUUUGUUAUUGUGCCUGAAGUUGAUAAUAAGUGUUAAACUUAUUGUAGCAGUCGGGGUAAAUAAGUCUUUGUAGGUUUGUGUAGAAGAAAGUGAAACAUCCACUCGAGGAUCAGUCAUCACAGUUUACACACUUUGAACAAUUAUUGAUCCUUGAAAGGUUUUAUUAUCCGUCUUUCUGCCACAUGAACUCUGCUGCUGAUAAUUUGUAUUUAUUAAAUAUUUGAAGAGAACCACAUCAAAGUGUUGAAGAUGUUCAGAGAUGUUAAAAUGUUUCAGUUUAGUCAAACAAUACAAACGUUCACUUUUUGAGUUUAUUGCUCCGAAUGCUUUUCUCAUAGUUUUGGAGUUUUGUCAGUUACAGAAGCUUCAAACGUUCAAACCCACUUUGUUUCAGUACAUGAUUUUAAAUGGAUAAAAGUUUUUGACAUCAAUUGACUCUUAAUAAUUCUUAAUGACAAUUGAAAAACAUAUUUUUAAAAAUGUUUGCUACUGUAUUUAAAGAAGGUAUUAAAGAUCUCUUGACAUUU